CGAGCAGUGAGGUGGGGUGCGCGUGCCGCUUCUUGCUCUCCUCGGCCUCCCCAGAACGAGCUCAGGUGAAGAUGUAAGCGAGGGAUGACUGUGUGAACUGGUGGUCUUCAUUGGGCAGUUAAAGCAGCCAAUAGAAGCAAUCUCUGGUGGAGGCGUCAUCACUGGGCAGCCAAUCACAUUCGUUUCCUGGUGCUGGCGUUACGGGGUAGCCAAUCACGUCUCCUGGUGCUGGCGUCACGGGUUGAGACGAUACACACACAUGCUAUUGAAACUUGAAGCUCUCUUUAAAGUGAAGUGCAAGGCGAACUAUCAGGAAAAGUCAAAUAAUUAACCAUUUUCCAUUAAAAAAAUAAUUCUAAGGUGCUCUUUAACAAUGUAAGCGUGCGUGUGUACGUAUGCAUGCGUGUUUAAACUUUCCACAUGAACGGGCUGCAAUUCCCAUCAGCUCGGAAAUUCAAAGUUAGAAGCAGCAGUGGAAGUGUUUGGCGAAGAACACACGAGGGAAACUUGGAAACUAAGUUAGCGACAAUGUCCAAGUGAAACGAAAAGAGAGAGAGAGAGAGAGAGAGAGAGAGAGAGAGAGAGAGAGAGAGAGAGAGAGAGAGAGAGAGACCCUACGAAGUUUUCCUUGCGCCGAGAACCCGAUUUGUUUUUUUUUUUGCCGCGAAACAGAGAAUCACCUUUAAUGCAACUCGGAAUUAUUAUUAUUAUAUGCACUGCGGACUGAAGGUGGCGAGGCGGGGAGGGCGUGGAAGUGACUAAUAGAUGCAUGAACUUUGCACCACUGAACCAAGGACGUGAAAUUUUAGUGUCCAUUAGUGGUGAUGAUAUGACGGUGGUGGUGGUGAUGGAGGUGCCUGUGUAGUGCAGUGGUGAAUGCUGGUAGCGAGUGUGGUGUGGCAAUGGCGGCGAUCGAGUCCUGCAGCGGUGGUGGUGGUGGUGACGGGGAAGGGAUGGGCAGGGGCCGUGCUGUGGUCGCCGCCGUGCUGAGUAUUAUCUCCCUCGCCGUGCUCAGCCUCCACGUGGCGCUCUGCCUGCACUACCCCUCCCCACUGUUCGCUGUGACGCUUCUCCUUAACCCCUCCCUGUGGAUGCUGCUUGGCGCCGUGGGGAUGGGCUGCGCUCUCGCUCUCACGUACAGGGAGCGGCAGAGGAAAGUCCGGGCCGCCCUCUGUACCACCUGCCACACGCGUUACGGUGCCACAGUAGACGGCAAGUGGCGGGAGGGCGUGGCACCAAGGCCCCGGGGACCCUCCAGGGCGGUUUACGCCUACAAUGGCAUCUCGCACAAAUUUUACGCUUCUUACGGUGCCAUGAGUGAAAAGCCUGGCGCAGGAGUGAAGCAUCCGGCGGUGCUGCACAAAGGCCCCGCCCCUCCCAUCAAGCAGGACUCGCCCUCUUCCUGCUCCGAAGGGACGCCCCUCAAGACGCCGCCUGAGCCAGACAAGGACGGAACCGGUGGAGAUCCCAAGGCUGUCACAGGCGUGAAGGAAGCAGCGUCGCCUGGCCAGGACACCUCCCUUCCUGACCCUUCCUCGGCCCCGCACACUGACGCCACUACCACUCCCGCCGGCCAGGACUCUCCGGAGACAACGUCUCUCCCCAGCCAGAGCAACGGUGACAAGAAGUCCUCUGCCUCAGCAGCCCCCGGGGAGAAGCUCGCCUGUAACUGCCUCUCCAGAUACGGAGGCAUGAGCCACAGGGUGAGGGAGCGAGCCCAUCGGGAGCACAGUAACGGGGGUGCAGCGAGGCGGCGGCAAGGCCAGCCCGAGGUAAGGACGGUCGGAAAAUACCACAAGCGGCUUCUGAUGCAGUGCCAGGCGCGAGACCCCAAGGAUGUGCCCGUCCACCUCUUCACCACCUCCUCCAGCGUCUCUGCCACGCAAGACACGGUGCCUACCUCCACUGUGCCGCCCGCCACCACCACAUCGGUGGACGUGUGCAGUGAGUCGCGGCCUCUGCUUCCUCGCGGCAUUACCGACGCCGUGGUGCAAUCCCGGGGGGAGGAUGGCAGCACUCCUAUGGGCAAGGAGGCUGCCCCCGACCCUGGCUGCAACCCGCCGCCAAACACAGCGACCCAGAGACCACCUGACUCCCUUCCCCCAGCCAGCACACGUGCUCCGUCCCGCACACCCGCACCGCGCCCUCCGUCCCCAGGACCCCCCUCGCGUCCCUCUCCGUCCCCGCCGCUCACUCCCGCCGCCGAGGGCAACAGUUCCGGCGACUCUGCUCACGACGCUUUUCAGACUCUUCAGGACCCCGAAGUGGCCUCCAUGUCCUCCGAGUGUGGACUCCUGCCCUCCAGCGAGGAGUCCAACGCCCCUCCUCGCUCCCCGCUGUGGGGCGCCCUGGCCAGCACCAAGAGGGAGCGGCGCUCAGAGGAGCGUCAGGCGGAUCGCAGCAGGAAUCGGCCGCCCCUGAGUUCCCUGCUGGCCACAACGCGGCGCGUGCUGGCCAGGCCUCGGUGGACGCGGCAGGAGGACCGCACACCCCCAGCUCUGCAGCUGUCCCCGUCCUCGCCCCGCAAGAGACGAGUGCCGGGCGCCGCCACGGGGGGUCGACUGUGGCGGCAGCAGAAGCAGUCCCCUGCGAGACCCAUGACAUCGCUGGGGGCUGAGGGCGCCGAGAACACGGACAGUGGCGGGGCAGGCGGGUCAGGGGUUAGCCAAGCCAACAGUCCCGAUGGCGGCAGUCCCAGCACGCCCGCCAGACCUCGGGAGCGUAAGGUGAGGAGGACGAGGCCGAGGCCACGACACCGAGACCCGGCAGGGGACUCCGUUUUGUUGCUCAGCGAUGACGCCACCGAGGAGUGACGCGCCGCGCCCCGUGACGCGCCACGCAGCUUCCUUGGACACACGCAACACACUCCGGUGAUGCUCUAAGGGUCGCGGAGGCGGCAGCGGCAGCAACAGCAGCAAGCUGAGGCUGGCUGAUGAUCACACCCUCCUGACUGAGACACUGAGUAAGGAAGGAGUACACCACCUCCCUGUACUCCUCAGGAUACACUCUGAGGACAGAGUGGGAGCGAUGAAGGAGCUCGUGUUGGGUUCGUCAAAGGGACUCACGCUUCCACUCCACAAGACUCCCCCGAGUUUCGAAACUUUGCCUGGUGUUUGAGUUGAACGCAUCUAAUCCACAACUACAAAACUCCCCUGACUGAAGAAACUCUGCUUAGUGUCUGAGGUGAACAUCUGCCAAGCCACACACAAGAGCGAUAGGAGGGACUGAGAGCCAGCAGAGACGGACGUACUGAAUCAUGUUGCCUACCUUCUGUCUGCCCAGAGCAAAUCUCAGCGCGCACCACGCAAGACCAGCUUGAGACUGGUGUCACAACGCUGCUUGUCACCUCUAGGUGACGCGUGUGUCUGUGUGUGUGUGUGUGUGUGAGAGAGAGAGAGAGAGAGAGAGAGAGAGAGAGAGAGAGAGAGAGAGAGAGAGAGAGAGACUGGCUGACUGACCGACUGGCAUUGUUCCUAAUAAAGAAAAUUAAAAAAUC